CACUUACACCCUCGUUUUCAAAUGACAUAGCAAAACGAGCCAACCGGAGUGUUUCCUUCCGGUCCAUUUCGGUCCGGUCCGGUUCGGUUCAACCCGUCCACCCUGGUGUGAAAAUUUGGCGCCAAACGUAUCGGGAACUCGACACAAAUUUAAAAAUCCCGCGCCAAAAAGGAUUGAAACCCCACGGUAAACGCAUUUUCGUAGCCCAAACGGAGAUCUCCUCCCCAAAAUGAAGCUCAAAAUUCCCACAAGCAUUAGGCCAUUUGGCCAAUCCUCUCUCCGAUCUCGCUUCCUCUCCAAACCCAGCGGUGACGAUGUGGGUGGAGUGCCGAAGCCUCCGAAGCAACCAGUCUCGCUCGCCGAGUUUUUGGAUCGGAAGUUGGUCAAAACGGCCGCGAAAACGAUUAAGGAGAAGCAGAGUUCGUUUUCGUCGAUUGGAUUCGGGGGCAAGGGCUCGGAAGGUAAAACGGAUGACGCGGGUGUUGGUUUGAUCCUCAAUGAAGCUGCUUUUAAGCGAUUCAAUUGCCCGGUGAAAGAAGAGGCCGAUGUUAGGAUGGAAAAAGAUGGAGAUUGUGAUGAGUUUCUAUCAAAAUUUGGUGGAACCGGCAGGGUUUUGCGGAAAAGGAAAAACCCUUUUGGUCAUUCUUUAGGAUAUGGUGAGAAAGAUGCUGCUCCGAAUUCCUUGGUUGUUCUAGGUGAUGACCCAAAGCCUCGCCCAAAGAGAAGAGGCUUCAAAUCCAACACUGAAAGAUACAAACCCCUUUACAACCACUAUGCAAAUGGACAUGGAUGGUGGGACUGUGACCGGGAAGGCGUUGAUAGUGAAGAAGUUGGUCACAAGGAAGUAUGGGAAGGAGUGGGCUCCACCACCGUGGGAGGUAGAGGACAAUUGAAGCAGGUUCCCAUGUACAGUGGCGAAGAGGAUUCAGUGAACCUGGUCUAUUAGAUUGGCCAAUAAGGUGUGAUUGUAUUACUCAUAUGUCACUCAUAUGUAUUCUGAUAUGAAUGAGCAGCGUAAUCAUUCUGUGUGUAUGAGUGGGCUCGUAUGCUUAUGGAAGCACGG